AUGUCGUCUGCGGCGGGCCAGGGCAUGUCAAACCUGCUGUCCGUGCAGUACGUUUCCGGGACAGAGGCGACUGUGGUGGUGCUCAAAAGCAGCGGGCGCUUCUGCGUCCAGGCGACGGAGUUUGCUGCGCUCUGGGUGCUCACAGAGGAGAGCUGUGCACCAGACUCCACGAGUACUUUGGUCCUGGCGGCGAAGGCUACGCAGAGGGUGAGGAGCCUUUUUUCAUCACUUUCCAGGACAGCUUGCCGCUGCACGACUACUUCGCCCUCAUCGACGACCACUUCGAGCUGCGGAGGCACUUGGAUGAGCUGCGGAAGGAUUUGGCAGAUAGGACGCAGCAGUACCGCGUCAUCCAGAAGCGCCUGCUCGUGCGAUUCAAAGAUCGCAAUCCUUCGCCUCUGA